AUGGCAUCGCCCUGCACGCUCACACUGGACGAUGGAACGCACUACGAUCUAUCUCCCUUGGGAUCAGCCAAAGCAGAUUACGUAGCUCAAGUGGGAGAGACGAGUUACAAUCUCAAUAUUUGCAGGGGUGUUGUAGGGGAAUUGCAUGCGGUCGAAGAUCCAGAUACGGUAGGUGGGUAUGUGAGGAAGGACCAGGGUGAUUUUGUUCUUGGCCGAGUACAUACCAAUUUAACUUUAUCGCCAAUGACCAAUGAACCCAUGUAUGUCAUAACCGAUGGAUCACCUUGUCCACUCAAUCCCGAUGCAAGGGCUUCAACAGCCAUACGGUUCAUCUGCAGUCCAUCCGAUUUCAAUGCUGGUAAACCUUUGCUAGUCGCUACCUUACCUCCACAGGAUCCAUGUCAUUUCUAUUUCGAAUGGAGAUCUCACGUCGCAUGUCCUACCAAUCCUAAAUCUUCUUUGGAAUCAGGCCAUUAUAUCGCUUUUGGUGCGAUACUGGCAAUAGCUAUCAUAACUUGGUUUGGCGGUCAUACAUUAUAUAAUAGAUUUUAUCUUGGUCGUAGGGGUUCAGCUCAAUUCCCUCUGUUCCACAUACCCAGACCGAAAAUAUCUCUUCCCACUUUCAAAUCACGUUCGAACGGGAAUGGAGAAGGGUCUUCUGGUGGACCGAAAUGGGGAUCAUGGAGAAGACGUAGUCAGAGAUCCGGCAAUGGAUAUACGAGUAUAAGAGCGGAUGAGAAUGAUGAAGAAGAGGGAUUCGCAGGAAGGUUCAGUUUGGAUGACGAUGAAUUGGAUGCGGACGCUGAGGAUCUAACUGGAGUGAAUGAGACGAACGCAUGGAGGAAUCAAGCUGCAACGAAUGGAAGUGCUGGGGUAAAUGGUGAGGCAGGAGCAGGAGCUGGGAAGGGAAAGAAUGUAGGUGUGCAUCAGGGAUUGGUUGACAUUUAG